GGGGCGCAUGAGCCCCGGGGCGGAGGAGCCGGGGAGGCGGGAGGCGGGAGGCGUCGGGGCCGUUUAAGCGGCCUCCCUCCCGCCCCCUGCCGCCCGGUCUGGCCCAAGCCCUGUCCCGACCCCCGGCCUGGCCCACUCCGGCCCUACCCGGCCGAAGGGUUCCGCUGGACACGCAGGCGGCCUCUGGAGCAGCACAAGCCCAUGAGGGCCGCGCGCCCGGCCGCCGGUGCUGACGAGACGGAGCUCCCGGCCCCCGAGGAGGAGCAGAGGAUCAAUGCGGUUCAAGAAUCGAUUCCAGCGGUCUUAGGAAUGAUUUCUUCAGAAGGCUGUGGAGGAGUCUUGAUUGCACCCUAGCAGGUUCAUGAACCAUCGAGCUCCAGCCAAUGGCCGCUACAAACCAACUUGCUAUGAACAUGCUGCUAACUGUUACACACAUGCAUUCCUCAUUGUUCCGGCCAUUGUGGGCAGUGCCCUCCUCCAUCGGCUGUCUGAUGACUGCUGGGAAAAGAUAACAGCAUGGAUUUAUGGGAUGGGACUCUGUGCCCUCUUCAUCGUUUCUACAGUAUUUCACAUUGUAUCAUGGAAAAAGAGCCACUUGAGGACAGUGGAGCAUUGUUUUCACAUGUGUGAUAGAAUGGUUAUCUAUUUCUUCAUUGCUGCUUCUUACGCUCCAUGGUUAAAUCUUCGUGAACUUGGACCCCUGGCAUCUCAUAUGCGUUGGUUUAUCUGGCUCAUGGCUGCUGGAGGAACCAUUUAUGUAUUUCUCUACCAUGAAAAGUAUAAGGUGGUUGAGCUCUUUUUCUAUCUCACAAUGGGAUUCUCUCCAGCCUUGGUGGUGACAUCAAUGAACAACACCGAUGGACUUCAGGAACUUGCCUAUGGGGGUUUAAUUUAUUGCUUGGGAGUUGUGUUCUUCAAGAGUGAUGGCAUCAUUCCAUUUGCUCAUGCCAUCUGGCACCUGUUUGUGGCCACGGCAGCUGCAGUGCAUUACUACGCCAUUUGGAAAUACCUUUACCGAAGUCCUACCGACUUUAUGCGGCAUUUAUGACCAAUCUGUACUAGGUCUCCAAACCAGUAUUAUUUUAAUUAUGGCACUUGAGAGUGGGGUGAGAGCUGAACAUUGCACAGGGAAAGAAAAAAAAAUGAGAUAACUGCACUGACUUUCUUUAUAUCUUUUGAAUAUAAUUACUGUGAAAGUAUAAAGGCUGUGUUCUGGAAUUUUCCCCCUCACAGCAAAUAAAUAAGGUAGUGAAUUAAUUAUCCAUUCCAUUCCACUAUCAUGAAGGACUCUGAAUAGACUUGGCCAACUGAUGUUUACAAACCAGAAUUUUGUAUUUUAGUUUUACAGAUUUUACUACAUGAUUUUUCUAAAUUACUAUGUCAGGUUAUAAAAGUCAGUGCAAUAACAAAGCUUCCUUUUUAAGAAGAAAAUUGUUUCUAUCACUUUCCCAUUCACUAGGUAAAGAAUCAUGAACAGAACUUACACUACUUUUUACCAUGUUUCAUCUUGGCAUAACAUGGUUCUUUUUUAAAUAGAAACUUUAGUUUUUUGUAAAUUUUUUAAAAAACGAUUUCAUUGAAAUGCAUCUCUGCGGGUCCUCAUUCAUGUUGUGAAUUUUUGCAGCAAGGAGUCAACAUUCCACAAAUGAACAAACAUUAUACCUCUUCUGAUAGUUUUAUUAAGCAUGGAGAAAUUGCCAAUUUUUAAAACUACAGUUUUCCAAACUUUUUGCCAACCUCUUACUCUGAAUUCAGUGCUGCUUUGGGACAUAUACUUGACCUAGCGUGGUUUACCAGUGAUGGAAAAGUAUUUUGAUAUCAUUAACUUUUUCAAAAGAUCCAACUUUAUGCCUUUGCCACAUUAUCUUCAGGGUCUCUUUCAACAUUGGAUGAGUAUUUUGUCUGUAUUUUGUAUGUAUUGGGGUGGCCAUCUGCUGAAACUCCUGAAGAGCAUUAUAUAUUACAGUGAGCAGUUGUAUUCCCUGUUUGGUGCCCAAUGGUUAAGUCAUCGUCACUUAGCUUUAUAUUGUCAGAUUGAUAUUUAUUUUAAAUUGUGGAACUAGACGCAUAAAUUCACAUUUCUACCUUUCCUUUGCAUCUUCCAAUAUAGUGUGUGUGUGUGGUUUUUUUUCCUAGAAAAAUAUUUAAAGCCUUGUUUGACAGGUAGAAACUCAUGUAUCUCUAGUCCAUGAGUUAUAUCCUGGCUCAGUGGAGUGAUAUUUAUGUAUAAUUUUUACUUUUUUCUUAGUGUCUUAUAUUAAGAUUAACAUAUUAUUAAUAGUUGCUUUGCUGAUUAAUCUCUCUUGUUGGUGUUUUCAUAAAUGAAAUAGCCUUGCCUUUAGAUCAGGUGCUGAUAUUGCCUGUUUCCUAGUAAUGGGCUUGAUCAGUGGAAUUUUUGGUUUGAUGAUAAGCUUAUUAAUUGAAAUUUUUUACUGAUGUGGCUUUAAAAGAGGUUUAUUUUGUGUAUGUUUAGAACUCUCUGAUUCUGAUGAAUUAUAUGGGAAUGCGAAACAGAAGUGGUAUUUGCUGAUGAAUUAAAUAGGCAAGGUACCCAGUGAUGACACCAACCAAACCACUCCUAUCUGCAUGAUUCUGAACAUCUGGUUGCCUGUUGUUUUACUGUGUAUAUUUUAUUUUUAUUAUAUUAACUUUUUGUGGAUUCAUUUAAAGUCUCCUCAAAAGUAACACUGUCAAAACCACUAAUAUAUAUAUGUAAAAACUGUGCUGUAGACUACAAUAAAACUGUUACUUGGAUU